UAAUUAAUUUCAAUUAAAAAAGCAUACCAUUAAUUGAGUCUGAUUAAAAUGGGAUCGUUGACUGCUGUAGUGCAUCGCAUGGGGGAGAUUUAUAUAUUGAAGUGUCUAAUUAAGUUGUUGUGUGCGUGCGGGCGUACCGAAUACGGUUUCAUCGAAUUGGGGGGACCUUGUUAUUCUUCAAAUACUUAUAUAAUGUUAACUGCGUCUGUGCUGCCGACCUAAAAUUGUAUGUUCAAUCAUGCAGUACUUGUCGAAUGUGUGCUUAGCUACGGUCAUAACGGUUCAAUACGUACUGUUGUAUGGACUGUACGAGUAUAUACGCGAAGUGGACAUCAGGUGUUCGGCAUUGGAACCUGCAGCAGCGACGAGCCAUCGGCUACGACGGGAUGUGAACAUCGCUGAGAACUCGGUGUCAUCAAAGACCGAAGAUGGCGGGGAAAAAGUGGAAUUCAUCAAUCCGAAUUUCCGACCAAUCAUCGAAAAAGAAACCAAUACUAAGGGCGAAGCACCAAAUGGCACCAAAGAGGAAUGGUAUUGGCUCAACGCCUAUUCGAGGAUACCAGUAGCUGCUCUUCAAGGUUUCUGCUCAUCUACCAGAGACUAUUGUCCACCCGGUAAAGAAGGACCUAUAGGUCCUCGAGGAGAGAUAGGUCCGAAAGGACUACCAGGCAAUAAAGGUGAACCAGGCCAGAAUGGUCCAAUGGGACUUGAAGGUCAAAAAGGCCCUACGGGGCUACCAGGGCCGGUGGGUCCAAAAGGAGAAAGAGGGAUGACUGGCUUCCCAGGAGCACCUGGUUUAGAUGGACGCGAUGGUAUUCCUGGAGAACCCGGAUUGGACGGAAUGCCUGGAAAGUAUGGUCUCGAUGGUGUUCCUGGUACUAAUGGUUUACCUGGAAAAGAUGCAACGUGCUUUAAUGGUACCGAUGGAAAGCCUGGUGAAAUGGGACCAUUAGGACCACCCGGCCCUAUUGGUCCAAAAGGUUUAACUGGACCGAAAGGUCGCCCAGGUAAACCAGGAGUUGACGGUACUCCUGGAAGACCAGGAUUAAGUGCUUAUAAUUACACGGUGAAUGGAAUUCCCACUACAGACUUUUUAACAGCUCCUAAUAUUAUUGGACAUUCUGAAUUGAAGAAUAUCACUGUGAAAGAGGGUGAUAAUUUAAGAUUACGGUGUGUUGCAACAGGAUCGCCUAAACCUACAAUUGUAUGGCAAAAACUUGAUACUACUACAGUACCGAUGGGGUCGUGGAGAGAGGAGACAGUUACUGGUUAUGCUAUAAAUAUUACUAAAGUCAAUAGACUUCACAUGGGUCGUUAUAAAUGCAUAGCUGAUAAUGGUAUAGCUCCAUCUGCAAUACAAUAUUAUUCAAUUGAAACACAUUUCCCUCCACUUAUUUCUGUACAAAACCAACAUGUGGCUGCUGCAGUUAAUCGUUCAACAUCAUUUGAAUGCGAAGUAGAAGCUUAUCCAUAUGCGAUUCACUAUUGGGAACGAGAAGGAGACAUUAUAGAUAACGAUGAUAAAUAUAGUAUAACCAGAAUAGAUAUUUCCAGUUAUAAGUUCAUAAUGCAACUAAAUAUAUCGUCAGUUAGUGAUACUGAUAAUGGCACAUAUUAUUGUGUGAGCAAAAAUGAUGAAGCUAUCGUAGCUGGAAACAUCACUUUAUACAUUGUUGAUCCAACUUUGGUAACACCUCCACCGUAUGUUGAUCCUAAUAACAAAAUUAAGUUCGGUAAAGGACCCCCAGAGUUAAUUGGAGAAUAUGACAUAUGCCAACCACCCGUAAUUUGUCCUACUUGUCCAAAAUUAAAAGAAACAAAAGAAUGUAAAGAAGAAUUUACUAUUGAUGACUUACUGGGCCAUCAGCCAUUAGCUAUACAACAACUACACAAAGUCACCAAUAAAGGCCAUGCUAAUCGAACUUUAGACUGUCAAGUAUAUGCAGUGGGUAAACCAGUCUUUAAUAGAGUUUCAAAUGCUUCGUUUGGAAGUUGGAUGAAAGAUCCAAUGUCGCGUGAUUCAAAUGAUACAAUUUGGAUGACAGUAAAUGAAAUAAAUGCUCUUUAUCAAUUUUCUAAUAAAUCAAUGUUUAAAGAUAAUAGACCAACAAAAACAUAUACUUUAAGUUACUCGUUCCAUGGAAAUAGUCAUGCGAUGUAUAAAGACUCUUUUUAUUUUCACGAAAAAGAUAAACCAAUAAUUCGAAAGUAUGAUAUUCAACAAGAAAAAUUUACAGAUCAUUUGACGGUUCCAUACUUAAAUACUACCAACCCUAAAAAUCGUUUAUAUACAACCAAAAUGAACUAUGUAGAUUUAGCAGUCGAAGAAAAUGGUUUAUGGGUAAUUUAUGGUCUAGAAGAUUCAAAUAAUACAGCAGUUUUACAUGUUGACCCGAUGACUUUGGAAAUCGAGUACGCUUGGAAUAUAAGCAUUAAACAUGAUCGAGCAGGAGAUAUGUUUAUCGUUUGCGGUGUAUUAUAUGCAGUCCAUAGUGUAACUGAAAGGAGUACAACCAUUAGAUUUGCAUUGGAUUUAUACAAAAACGUUCGCUUAAACGAUGUCGAUUUACCAUUCACUAAUCCAUUUGCACACACUACACUAAUCCAAUACAAUCCACAUAAUAAAGAAUUAUUCACUUGGGAUCAAGGAAAUUUGUUGACGUAUCCAAUUAGAUACAAUGCUAUGGGUCUAAACAUUACUAACAAAGAAUUGGAUGACGAAAUGAUUCCUUCUGGUAUAGAACAAAGUAGAUUAAAAUAAAUUAUGAGAUAUUUUAUAUAUUUUUUUUAUAUUUUAAAGUAUAAUGUAAUUUUAUACUAUUUAAAAAACACAUUUAAAUGUUCUAAAAUUAUUUGAUAACUUAAGACUUAUUAUUUUUAUUGUGUCUUCAAAUACAAACAUUUUUUUUUUUUAGUUAAUCAAAUAUAAUUAACUUGAUUAUUAUUUUAAUAUAUGAUUUGUUAUUAAUUAUUAUAUAUAGGUGCUAUAUAGAUUAUAGAUGGAUAUAAUUUAUAGUUUAUACCAGGGGUCACCAAAUGGCGGCCCGUGGAUGAAUUUUAACCGGCCCGCAGACAAGGAGAGAAAAAUCCAAUAAUUUAAUAUGUAACCUAACUUAAUCAGCAUACUAUAAUAAAUAUUAUGUACUUCGAAUUUUUAUGGCCCUCAAACAUUUUCUGAAUUCUUAAUGUGGCCCACGGAAAGUAUUAAUUGGUGACCCCUGGUUUAUACAUUGUUAAUUACAAAAAAGUCUACAUUUUGUUCAAAUUAAUAGGUAGGUAUAGGUAUCUUGUGAAAACUAACUGUCAAAGUAUAUACUAUAACUUAUAUUCUAUGUUAAAAAUGCAUGAUUUUUAAAAAUAAAUAAUCAUUUAUUAA